CAAAACAAUAUUAGUACAGAAUAACAUCAAUAAUGUAAUUUACAAUUCUUAGUGGCGCUAAUAAUUGAGUUUAAAAUUUUAUGUGGGUAUUAAUCUUCAUCUGAGAUUGUGGAGGAUAAUAUUAUUGCCUACUUUAAGAUGUGAUAUUAAUUAGGUCACUCUGUCAUUAUUAAGAUACAGCCAAUUUCUUUCGUGGCAACAAACUCAUAUAAUAUGUGACUCAGGAGUCGGGUCAUCCCAAUCAUUAAAGAAUGAAAAUUUAAAUUCCAAUUGAGUUACUUUUGUUUAGUGAAACUGAAAUAGGACAAAAAAAGUACCAUUAUGUAAGUUGAAGACUUAAGUUCUCUUGUUUUGGAAGAAAGUGAAAUGAAGUUAUCUGUAGACCACAUGCUUUUAGUUUUAGCUAAGGUUAUAUACAACCUAAGCAAUUGCUAAUUAGAUACUGUGUAAAUCAAAACCACAACAUCUUCUCCACUAUCCAAAAAUAAGCUCAUCAUGGAUUAUUUUUGCUGGUUCUACUUCCUAUUUGGUAUACUUGUUAGUAGUAAUUUGGGGUCGUCCUCGGACGAUAAAGGUCCAAUAGGACCUGUAAUUAACGUGACGAAGCAUAUCUCUUUUCAUGAUUUCAGUUCCAAUAAUCCCAGAUUGAACCAAGAUCUUACACUUCUUGGCAGUGUUAUCGUCUCGGAUGGAAAAAAAUCCAUUCAAAUUCCUGACCCUGAGAGAGAAGGUGAUGAUCUUAAGCAUCUAGCAGGACGAGCUAUAUAUUCUUCACCUAUCCGUUUCUUGGAUCCUCGAACAGAAACACCGGCUUCUUUUGAAACAACUUUCUCGUUUCAAUUCGAAGUGAAGUCCAAUUCGAGCAAUGAGAGUACAUCAGAUCUUGGCAAAUCUGUUGGUGGUAGUGGCCUUACUUUUAUUAUUGUCCCGGAUGAAUUAACUGUUGGCCGUGCUGGUCCUUGGCUUGGGAUGCUGAACGAUUUGUGUGAUGAUGAUUAUAAAACAGUAGCUAUUGAGUUUGAUACUCGCCAGAACCCUGAGUUUGGUGACCCGAAUGACAACCACUUAGGCAUCAAUUUGGGAAGUAUAGUUUCAACUGCAGCGAUUAAUGCUUCAGAUGUUGGGGUUCAAUUGAAUGACGGAUCAAUACACAGAGUUUGGAUAUCUUACGAUGGGCGAAAGCGUUUUAUGGACAUUCGGCUUGCACCUGAAGAAAAAGGAUAUCCUUCUAAAUCAGUCUACUCAGGUUUACUUGAUCUUUCACCUUACUUGAAUGAAUACAUGUUUGUUGGAUUUUCAGCUGCUACUGGUAACCAUACACAAAUUCACAACAUCCUGUCGUGGAAUUUCACUUCAAUUAGUCAAGCUUCGCUUCGGGUUCCUUCAACAGAGACAUGCCAGAACAGAAUCAUGCUUCAAAAUGACACACAAUCUGAAAUUGCGCAUCGUAAAACGCCUAAUAGUUUCUUCAUUUUCCUUGCUGUGGUCAUUCUUCUGGUAGUUGUUCUUAUUAACCUCUAUUUCAGUAGCUACAAGAAAGAUGACGAUUUCGACGAAGCAAUGACCACUCUGCCCGAGAAAAAGCAGAGACCGCGGCCACCAAACAAGGCGCGUCGCUUCACAAUAGCUGAGGUCUCCAUCGCAACACGGAAUUUCAGUGAGUUGCAAAUAUUAGGCAGUGAUGAAAAGAGCGUUACGUAUAAGGCUACGAUGCUGAAUGGGUGCAACGUUGUUGUAAAACGAUUUUUAACUCAGUUUUUCAACACCCACGGGUUUGAAAAGCGUCAAUUUCAUAAAGAGAUCAAGGCCAUCAGCAAAAUUCGUCACCCGAAUUUGGUCCCUAUUAGAGGAUGGUGCUAUGACAACCAAGAAACUAUAGUUGUCUACGAUUUCAUCCCAAAUGGAAGCCUCGAUAAAUGGCUGUUUGGUGUUGGUGUCUUGCCUUGGACGAGGCGUUUUAAGGUGGUUAAAGAUUUAGCAGAUUCUCUUGCAUACCUUCAUUCAAAACAACUUGCUCACAAGAAUGUUAAAAGUAGCAGUGUUUUUCUUGACGUGAGCUUCAGAGCAGUAGUGGGUGAUUUCGGGUUUGUGCUCACUUCAACCGGGUCGACCCGGUUUGAGUCCAUGGUGAGUCAAACAGCUGACGUGUUCGAGUUUGGAGUAGCCGUGUUAGAGGUCAUUGCGGGUCGGAGCAGGAAGUCCAACCCAGGUGAACGAGACUUGUUAGAUCUUGCAUGGGCAAUGCAUGAGGUACAACAGAAGGAAACUCUAGUGGAUCGAAGAAUGGGCGCGGUCGUGAACCUGGAGCAGGCUAUUAGGGCUUUGGAUAUCGGGUUACUUUGUACACUAAACGAGAACAAAGGAAGGCCUACGAUGGAAGAAGUAGUCGAGUUCCUGAAUAUGGAGAAACCAAUACCCGAAUUACCACCAGGUAGACCUGUUUGUUUGUUCCCGUACAGCAGUACCACAGGCUUGUGCAGUGGGUACGCUUGUACAGCAUUCAAAUGAUGCAACGUGGUUUGGUCGAUCGACAUAAAGUAGCCAAUUGGUGCUUCGUAUUCCACGUAAGGGGAUAUUAUUCUGUCAGUUUGGGUACGAAAUUAUGACAGGGAUAAGCACAUGUAUAUGCUAUGUGACGUUAUUUUCAUGAUAUAGACACCUAUUGUCGGGUCUCUUGUAGGAGUUAAAUAUUACAAGAACUCCUAAGAAGAUUUAAAAUUAUUCUGGAUUCACAUGUGCUAUAUAUUCGUAUGUAAUCUCUAUUCCUGCAUAAUUUUGUAUAAGAUAAAAAAUGUAAUUAUGUAACUUUUUUAUUA